UUUACAAACAGCAGAGCCAUCCUAGACUGAGUUCACUUCCUCUGCAGUUCGCUGACACAGCAGCACAAAACUGCAUUUAAAAGUGUGACAAGAGCAGAAAUAGACACAACAAGAAGACCACAGGCUGCCAGACGCCUUCAGGCAGCAGAGUGCUUGCCCCUGGCUAAAGGUUUGACCAGCUCACAACAGAUGGAAGCCUACAAAGUAACAGUAGCCACUGGAACAUCUGAGUACUCUGGAACAAACAAUUAUGUGUACGUCACAUUGAUUGGAGAGCAUGGGGAGAGUGAAAGAACCGUACUGGAUAAGCUGGGACCAGACCUCUGCCGUGGAGCUGUGGACGAGUAUGAAGUAAAGAGUAGCGUCCCACUCGGCUCCAUCUGGCUUGUCAGGCUGGAGAAACGUCGUUUCUGGGUGGAGGACAACUGGUUUUGUCUUUAUGUGAAAGUGAAGACUCCUGAUGGCACUUCCCUGACAUUUCCUUGUUACCGCUGGUUUGUGGGUGACAUGGACAUAGAGUUACGAGAGGGAACAGCUAAGAGAAUGCUAGAUGAUACUAUUCCUGAAUUACUUGCUCACCGAAGAAGAGAACUGCAAGAGCGGAAGCAGACAUACAGAUGGCAGGCUUGGAAACCAGGGAUUCCGAAGUGUAUUGAUGCAAAAUCUGAGAAGGAUCUCCCACAGGACAGUCGUUUCGACAAUGAGAAGACAAGUGACUUUGAAGGCUCAUUGCAAUACGCCUUGCUGGAGCUUUCACUCAAGAAGCUAGUGAUCAAUUUUGGAAAGUCUUGGUGUGACCUUGAAGAUUUCCGUCGAAUCUUCUGGAGACUAAAGAGUCCAGUAGCAGAGUAUGUUAUGGAGCACUGGAAGGAGGAUUGGUUUUUUGGCUACCAAUUUCUGAAUGGCAGCAAUCCCCGGAUGAUUGAAUGUUGUUAUCACCUCCCGGAUAAUUUUCCUGUCACGGGAGAUAUGGUGCAGGCCACAUUGGGUCCCAAAACCAAUCUUUAUAAGGAAAUGAAGGCUGGAAAUAUUUACCUGGUGGAUUAUUCCGUUCUAGAAGACAUUCCUGCCAAUGAGAUCCGUGGCAAACAACAGUACUUGUGUGCCCCCCUGUGCCUGUUGUAUGAGGACCCUGUGCAAGGACUACUUCCAUUGGCAAUACAGCUGAAACAGACACCUGGACAGAACAACCCAAUCUUCUUGCCCUCAGAUCCUGAGUUGGCUUGGGUUUUAGCCAAGACAUGGGUUCGACAUGCUGAGUUCCAAAUCUUCCAGCUUCUGUCUCACCUGCUGCGGACACAUCUUGUGGUUGAGGUCUUUUGUGUGGCCACCUUGAGGCAGCUGCCUGCAGUUCACCCUGUUUAUAAGCUCCUGGCCCCCCACCUACGGUAUACUCUGGAAAUCAACAUACGGGGCCGCACACAGCUAAUUUCCGAAGAUGGCAUCUUCAAGAGGGUGGUGUCCACUGGAGGAACUGGCUUGCUCCUAGUAGCUCAAAGGGAAUAUCAGAAACUGACUUUCAAGUCUCUCUUACCUACUUUUGACUUCAAAGCACGAGGUGUGACCCGGCUCAAAAAUUACUUCUACAGGGAGGACUGCAUGACGCUGUGGAACACCAUUCAUAGUUUUGUGUCUGGAAUUGUGACUCUCUACUAUUCUUCAGACCAGGAGGUUAUAGAAGAUCAAGAACUGCAGAGCUGGAUUAAUGAGGUGGUUAAUGAAGGAUUUGUGGAUACUCCAAAUUUUGGGCUAUCUAGUGACCUGAAGGAUAGAAAAGAGCUCAUUACUCUUUUGACAACGGUCAUUUUCACAUGCUCUGUCCAACAUGCUGCAACCAACAAUGGGCAGUUUGAUUGGUGCUCUUGGGUUCCAAACACACCCUGCACUAUGCGUCUUCCCCCGCCUUCCUGCAAGGAUUCAAUUACAAUUGAGAUGAUUAUGGACACACUCCCGGAUAUGCACCAGUCAUGUGUAGAGAUGGCCAUCACGUGGCACCUGAGUCGUGCCCAGCCUAAUGCAAUCCCACUUGGCCAGUACCCUGAAGAAUACUUCACUGAAGCAUCUGCCAAGGCUGAGAUCAAAAAGUUUCAGGAAGAACUCAAAGAGAUUGAAGAAUUUAUCAUAGAGAGGCAUGGCAAUAGUGAGCUGAAAUAUCUGUACUUGUGUCCAAGCCAGAUUGAAAAUAGUAUCACUAUAUAGUGAGAAGAGUGUGGAAGGAGCUCAGAAAAGUGUGCCAGAGACAAAUAGGAAGCUUCUGCAAAUUGAAGUUUGCCUAGCUUCUUAUCACAUGCUGGCGGGUAUUAGUGAAUGGUGAUAUUGCAAGGCUGAAAACUGAGAGUGCAUCUACAACUGACCUGGUAACCCAAGUAGAUGUGGACCAAAUCCAGCACUGGGAUUAUUCAAAAUCAAGAUAAGAAAGAAAAAAUGAGGUCAUAAUAUAACUGUGAAUGUCUAGUCCAAGGACCAAGAAACGUGGAAAGGAAAAUGUCAAAAUCUUAACUUUUUCUAAAAUAAAGCCAUUUUCUACAUGUU